AACUGGGACAAAUGGGAUCAGAAAAGGACUCGGAGUCGUCCCACUCCUCGGUGAGUGGCGUCCCAAACCCAAAGUGCCGUACGGCGGGCAAACAGAGCCGCAUCUCCUUCAGCCUUUUCCACAGGAAGCGGGGGUCCCGAGGCAGCAGGGGGUCCAAAGGAGGAGCGGCCCCCCCUUUAACGCAGCAGCUGCACACGUCCGCCUUGACUUCGCCGCCCGCCGCCGCCGCCGCCUCCGGGACGCCCACGGCGGCCGAUAAAGACGGCGUCUGCAGCACCCCGUCCAAGCCGCUGUCCUCCAGCCAGCCGUCCCUCGCCUCGGGGGAGUCCCAGCUGCUGGAGUGCCCGCUGUGCCUGGUGCGGCAGCCCCCCGAGCAGCUGCCCGAGCUGCUGGGCUGCAGCCACCGCUCCUGCCUCUGCUGCCUCCGCCAGUACCUCCGCAUCGAGAUCACGGAGAGCCGGGUCCAGCUCAGCUGCCCCGAGUGCGCCGAGAGGCUGGCCCCCCGGCAGGUGGCCGACAUCCUGGACGACGCCGCGCUGCUGGAGAAGUACGAGGAGUUCCUCCUGAGGAGGUGCCUCGCCUCCGACCCCGACUGCAGGUGGUGCCCGGCGCCGGACUGCGGGUUCGCCGUCAUCGCCUCAGGCUGCGCCAGCUGCCCCCGCCUGGUGUGCCGCAGGGACGGCUGCGGCGCCGAGUUCUGCUACCACUGCAAACAGGCGUGGCACCCCAACCAGACCUGCGACUCGGCCCGCCAGCAGAGGGCGCAGUCCCUGCACACCCACUCGCCCAGCUACACGCAGGAGCAGGGCGCCGCCGACGACAUCAAGCCCUGCCCCCGCUGCGGCGCCUACAUCAUCAAGAUGAACGACGGGAGCUGCAACCACAUGACCUGCGCCGUCUGCGGCUGCGAGUUCUGCUGGCUCUGCAUGAAGGAGAUCUCCGACCUGCACUACCUCAGUCCGUCCGGCUGCACCUUCUGGGGGAAGAAGCCUUGGAGCAGGAAGAAGAAGAUCCUGUGGCAGCUGGGGACUCUGAUCGGAGCGCCGGUCGGCAUCACCCUCAUCGCAGGAAUCGCCGUCCCCGCCAUGGUCAUCGGCAUCCCGGUUUACGUCGGGCGCAAGAUUUACGCUCACUACGAGCUGAAGAAGACGUCUCACCAUAAAAGAAACAUGGCCAUCACGGGGGGCGUGGCCCUGUCCAUCGUCACAGCCCCUGUCAUUGCAGCUGUCAGCGUUGGAAUCGGCGUUCCCAUCAUGCUGGCCUACGUGUACGGCGUCGUUCCCAUCUCGCUGUGCAGAGGCGGGGGCUGCGGCGUCAGCAGGGGGAAGGGGCGCGGCGUGCGGAUCGACUUCGACGAGGACGACGGCCCGAUCACAGUGGCGGACGCGUGGCGGGCCCUGAAAUCCCCAAGCCUCGGAGAAAGCAGCCUGGACGGAGCGGUGAGCGGCCUGAGCACCACGUCCCCCAGCGAGGGGCUCUCUGUGGCCCCCGGGAACCUGGGGGACACGCCGCACUUCAACACGCUGGCUGGGGGAGCUUUGGGGACUCGAACCGGCAAAUACAGCAGGCUGGAGGUCCAACCGGGGGAGCUGGUGAAGGAAUCGGCCCAGAGGGAGACGGGCAGCCUGGGGGCAGGAAGUGACUGCGCCAGCACCCGGGGGAUGGCCGGCUCCAUCAUCUCCUCCUACACCUUACCUGACAGGGACUGCACCAACCUGGAGAUCCAGGUGGACAUCGAGACCAAACCCAGCCAUCUCUGCCUGACCAGCGAGGAGGACCUGACCCCGCAGCCGGGCCCCGCCGUCAUGGCAACAGCCUCAGGAGGGGAGGAGCCUCAGGACUGCAGCUCCAGAAGGGGCGGGGCUUUGUCCGGCUCCGCUCUGGGGCUGUCGCCGGGAGCGUCGCUCAGGGAGGGGCUCAGAGACGUGACGCUGGCUCAGCCGGAGAGCAUCCGCAGCGACCUGGAGAUGUCGGACACUCAGUCGGACGACAUCGCCGAGCUGACGUCAGACGACUGCGAGUCGCCGCAUCUGAAAAGCUGCCGGCCGCCGCAGCCCCCCUCCUGCCGAGCCCUGAACCCCCCCACCGAUAGCCUUCACUGUCCCGCAGAGAACAUCCUGUUCGUCUGAGAGAAGCGCAGCUCUCAGGACCGCACAAAAACUGGAGCAAACGUUUCCGUUCAAACCUUCAGAGCUUUUCUUUCCUCCCGUCCGCCGCGUCUCCGUGUGAAAGUCGGGCGGCGGCCGUUUACUCCGUUUGUCUUAUGGAUGCACCUGCCGGUCUCCGUCAGGGUUCUACCUCUGACAUUUGUAAGAUGACGACUCAUGUUUACUUCUCGGUGCAAAAUGCCUUGGCUACUUCAGCAAAAACAACAACAACAACAACAAAAGUACAAAUUUGUAAUAAAAUGUGUAAAGUGGUAAAAGGUGACGCAGCAGACGGAGCCAGAGGCUCCAACCGAUUCGAGGACCGCAGCUUCGUUUACUUCCUGUUUCUUGAGAUGUCGCCGCGCAGAGUUUCUGUUCCGCUGCCAAAGUUUCCUUCAGACGAGCAAACCGAGGAGGAGGAGGGACG